AUGGUUAAAUAUCUUUACAAAAAAAUUAAUGGUAAAUACGUUAAAUGGCACCAUAUUCAAGAUUUAUAUGAACAAGACAAUAAAUUGCCAAGAAAUCUAAGAGUAUGUCCGAAAUUAUCUAAAAGUCAUAUUAACCUUAGUAUUUCUGAUAAAAUGAAAGUUCGAUUAGUAACCCAAGUCUUGAGUAAUUCUGUAGCUGACGGUUUAUUAUUUUACAAAAGUUAUAAUGUCAAUAACUUAGAUGAUUGUGAACCAACAGCUGAGUUUUGUAAAAAAUUUAAUGAUUGUUUUGACGCUCUGAAUCGAAAAUUUGAUCUAGAAGGGCUUAGAAUUAACGGCAAAGACUAUCAGUUUCUUCAUUCCUUUUUGACUUGGUUAAAUGAUUGGGAAAAGGAAUAUAUCGAUGGAAAAAUAAAAAAAUCUGAAUUUUUAACCAGUAGCACAACUUGUGGUUUGAGAGUUACAAUCCAAUCAACUCUUGAUCUCUCAAAUUAUUUGAAUAGUUCCUGGAAUUUUAAAUACUUAUUAACAGGGAAAAUAAAUCAAGAUAAACUUGAAAUGUUUUUUGGAACAAUUCGUCAGGCUGCAGGAUCUAAUGACCAUCCCUCCGCGCCUACUUUUUUACAGCUGUAUAAAUUAUUAGCAGUGUACAGUGUUUUAAAGCCGCCGAAAAGUGGAAACUGCACAGUGAAUGAUGAUGCUCCAUUGACUCUAAUUAUUUCGAUUACUGAUUUAAAAGAAAUUUAUAAUCCACAGAAGUCAAAUCUAGUAGAAAAUUUAAAAGAAAAAAUGAAUAAAAUAAUUGAAUUAACAGAUGCUAAAAUUUUACAAGGAUUACACCAUUCAGCCCAAAAUACAAAAAUGAAUAAAAUAAUUGAAUUAACAGAUGCUAAAAUUUUACAAGGAUUACACCAUUCAGCCCAAAAUACAAAAAUGAAUAAAAUAAUUGAAGAGAAAGAUUGGGAAUUUGAUGAAGUUGUUGAACACAAUUAUGCAAAGGCUGAAGUAAUAGAUUGGUAUCUAUCCAAACAAAUAUUGAAAUACAUUGGUGAUUGCAAUACUUGUAAGUCAGCUUUUGUAACACCACAAGUUUAUUCCGAACAAAUGUGUGCUUCAUUAGUUGACAUGAAAACUAAAGGACGAUUGAUACACCCAAACAUUUAA